CCUUCUCCACUAAAGUUGAGAUGCUUGUCUACCAGAUUUAAGGAUCCACUUUGGAGGUCUUCACAUUCUUAGUUGAAGAUAUGUUUGAAAAAAUAAAUAAAAUUGACUACAUUCACCAUAUGUCCUGAAAAAAAAAAAAAAUUUUUUCCAAAUAACCAUUUUUAUUUGUGUUGAAUUAUUUAUAGGUGGCCGGUACAGAGUCUCCCAGUUUCAUGUUAUAAAUUUUCUACCAAAUAUAGCGUGGCUCUAGAAAAUCUUGUGUCACUCUGCUCCGCUGCGUACAAAGCAAGUCCCUCGCUAGUACUCUUUCCACUUCUCGAUAGGCUGCAGUGAACAGAGAUUGCAGCUCCCCCUCUCUCUCUCUUUCUCCCUCGACACUUUCUCUCUAUCGCAAACUAAAGGAGAUUUUUAGAUGGGAGCAGGGAAGGGCUCUACUCUGGUUCACCUUCUGGUGGUGGUUCUGAGCCUCGUUGCCUUUGGGUUCGCCAUUGCUGCUGAGAGACGAAGAAGCAUUGGCCAUAUUGAGAAAGAUCCGACGAAUGCUACAUACUGUGUCUACGACUCUGAUGUUGCAACUGGUUAUGGAGUGGGUGCUUUCUUAUUUCUUCUUUCAAGUGAAUCACUACUAAUGGGUGUGACAAAGUGCAUGUGUUUUGGAAGAUCAUUAGCCGCAGGCGGAAAUCGAGCUUGGUCCAUCGUCUAUUUCGUCUUAUCAUGGUUGACUUUUCUGGUUGCAGAAGCAUGUCUAAUUGCAGGCGCAGCGAAAAACGCAUACCACACGAAGUACCGGGGAAUGAUAUAUGCUCAAAAUUUCUCAUGUGAAACAUUGCGGAAAGGUGUUUUUGUUGCCGGGGCAGUGUUUGUGGUUGCAACAAUGGUUCUCAACGUGUAUUACUACAUGCAUUUAUCUAAGGCCACUGCUCCUCAGGCUGAACAGAAAGUGAAUCCUACCAUUUCAAAUGUUGGGAUGACUGAGAAUGCAUAGAGUCUUCCGAGGGACCACAUGCCUAAGGUUUGAUUCAUGAUAUUUUCAGUUGCGGUGGUGAUUGUUUUGUGCAACGCUGUUGUGCUUAUAUAUAUAUACAUACAUAUAGAGAGGGUAUAUGAUUAUAAGAGAACAAAGGAGAUUUUUAUUAAGAAAAUAAGACGUAUAGAAAAUAAAAUUCAAGAAAUUACUGUUGA